UUUUCUCCCGUGAUUUCCCCACGCAGCAGCAGCAGCAGCACAGCAGUGGCGAAAGCAACCACAACAACCAUACCAACAAUAGCAACAACAGCAACAACCACAACAACAACAAUAGAAGAGAAGCAGCGGCAAACGGUUUUUUGCUGCGCUUCUCCUAUUUUAAGUGCCGAGCGUUUUACUAUUUUUACUACUCAGCAACGAUACACACGAACACACACGCACACACACCGCUGUGUGUUUGUUGUUGUGCGUUGAGCUAUAACAACAACAACAGCCCAAAAACAAGAACGAACGGCAAUAGUGUAAUAAUGCAAAAUAGUGAAACGAUCUUCCAUAAAUAUUUAAAUUUUGAAAUAUAUUCGAGGACAUAAUUGGCUAGAAAAAGCUAUGAUUUUUGAGUGCAAAAUGCAAGGAAACUGCAGCGAGAACAAAAACAACCGCAGUGAUGUUGGAGAGCCGAAACUAGGCUAAAUAUCUUUGCAUACUUUUGGGAAAGUUGUGCACACACACACACGCAGAGGACAGGCACACAGACACAGAUACAGCGGCAGGACCUGCGCCUGCGGUCGCCGACAUUUGAACCUGCUUUCUGACCGUUGACCGCCGGCCGCCUCUUUUCACUUUUGGCAACGCGAAGAUGAAAAUGUGCACCAAAGUGGCUAAAGAGCUGAAAAAGGCAUAAGAAGCAGCAACCACACACACACACACACACAGCGAACAAGGGAAGGAACCGAGGAGAAAAGGAAAGGGUUCGCAGGACUUGCAGUUCAACAGCCUCCGGGUCCGUGGCAAGCUCAACUGCAAAUUCGGCCAACACAGCAGUGCAUCUGUGUCUGUAUCCGUGCGCCCCUUGCAUCUGUAUCCGUAUCCGUAUCCGUACCCGUAUUCGUACCGCAUCUGUAUCUGUAUCUGGUGGCUCGGUGUGUGCGUGUAUCUGCAGCUGCAGCUCUGCGAGAACGGCGAAAAUUGUGUCAGCAGCAUCGGCAGUGAGCCGUCCUGCAGCUCGCCAGACUGGCGCCUCCAUCUCCGCUUCGGAUUUGCCGCUACAGCACAAAACCACAGCCAAAUUGCACGCAACAAAGCUUCCAGAGUCAGGCCAACGAGGAGGAGCAGUGUCCAGUUACUUCCAGGAGGAGCAGCAGAUCCACAAGCAUACCAUAGUUACCAGUAGCCAGAUCGCAGCCAGCCAUGCAGUUGCUACUCAAGUCGAUAUUCACCUGCGCACUGUUCGUGAUCUUCGUGUACGCCACCGCCCAGUCGCUGAUCGGGCUCCACAGGGACGAGACGAGGCAGGAGCUUUACGGCGUCAGCAUCAAUGUCACCCAGGAUGGCCAGAGCAGCUUCCUCAGCCGAAGGAUCCGGCAGUUUACUAAUGGCGAGGACGCUGAAGCGGGGAUUUCGGAAUUCGAUGAGAACCUUAGGAAAAACCCGGACAGCUCAGACAGCCCGGACAAGGGGGAGCUGCGCGAGUGCAAGAAGGGCCUUGUCCUGCCCCUGUGGCUGCCACAGCGGAAUCUCUCCGUUGGCGACCGCCUCCUCCGUGGCUUCGCCUACUUCCUGCUGCUCAUCUAUCUGUUUGUGGGAGUGUCCAUAAUUGCUGAUCGCUUCAUGGCCGCCAUCGAAGCCAUCACUUCCAUCGAGCGAACGGUGACAGUGCGAGGACCCCAUAAUGAGAAGCAAGUGAUGCAUGUCCGCAUCUGGAACGAAACGGUGGCCAAUCUUACGUUGAUGGCCCUCGGUUCCAGUGCCCCCGAGAUCCUGCUGUCCGUGAUUGAGAUUUACGCAAAGGACUUCGACAGCGGUGACCUUGGACCCGGAACAAUUGUGGGCUCGGCCGCUUACAACCUGUUCAUGAUCAUUGCCGUGUGCAUGGUCUGGAUACCUGCUGGCGAGGUGCGCCGUAUCCGGCAUUUGCGCGUCUUCUUCGUGACCGCCGCGUUCUCCAUCUUCGCCUACGUCUGGCUGUGGCUCAUCCUCUCCGUGCUGACGCCCGGUGUCAUCCUGGUUUGGGAGGCCAUCGUGACGCUACUCUUCUUCCCGCUCACCGUACUGUGGGCCUACAUCGCGGAGCGUCGCCUGCUGGUGUACAAGUUCAUGGACAAGAACUACCGGGUCAACAAGCGCGGCACUGUGGUCGCCGGCGAGCACGACCAGGUGGAAAUGGAUGCGGAGAAGGGCACCAAGCAAUCGGCGGCCACAUCUCAGCGCACCAACGAUGCCGAGGCCUUCGACGAGGCCCGUAAGGAGUACAUCAGCGUGCUGACGGAGCUUCGUCAGAAGUACCCUGAGGCCGAUCUUGAGCAGUUGGAGAUGAUGGCCCAGGAGCAGGUGCUGGCGCGGAGCAACAAGUCGCGCGCCUUCUACCGCAUCCAGGCCACCCGGAAGAUGGUCGGCAGCGGCAACCUGAUGCGCAAGAUCCAGGAGCGGGCCCAUAGCGACCUCACCGAGGUGAAGGCCCAGCUCCACCCGACCGACGAUGACGAUACCGACGAGCCCACCCGCAUUUACUUCGAGCCGGGUCACUACACGGUCAUGGAGAACUGUGGCGAGUUCGAGGUUCGCGUGGUGCGUCGUGGUGACCUCUCGACCUACGCCAGCGUGGAGUACGAGACGCAGGAUGGCACCGCUUCCGCCGGCAACGACUAUGUCGGUAAGAAGGGAAACCUCAGCUUUCCACCAGGCGUGGAUGAGCAGCGCUUCCGCAUCGAGGUGAUCGACGACGAUGUCUUUGAGGAGGACGAGUGCUUCUACAUUCGGCUGUUUAGCCCCUCCGAAAACGUCAAACUUGCUGUGCCAAUGAUUGCCACCGUCAUGAUCCUGGACGACGACCAUGCUGGCAUCUUCGCCUUCACGGACUCGUCCUUUGAGAUCUCGGAAUCCGUCGGUCGCUUCGAACUGAAGGUCAUGCGCUACUCCGGUGCCCGUGGCACUGUCAUCAUUCCCUACUGGACCGAGGGCGACUCCGCCAUCGAGGGUAAGGACUAUGAGGAGGCGCGCGGUGAACUGGUCUUCGAGAACAAUGAAUCAGAGAAAACCAUCGACAUCUACAUUAUGGAGCAGAGCAGCUAUGAGAAGGAUGUCAGCUUCAGGGUCUACAUUGGAACACCCGAGUUGGCGCCAGAUUCCACUCACUACCACGACGACAUGGCAGCCCAAAUCAAGGCGGUGGAGAAGAAAAACGCAAACGAUCUGACCGAAUUGGAUAGGAUUCUGUUGAUGAGCAAGCCGAGGAACGGGGAGCUGACUUCCGCAACCGUGCGCAUCCGUGAGAGCCAGGAAUUUAAGGCUACAGUCGACAAACUGGUGGCCAAAGCGAACGUCUCCUCUGUGCUCGGCACAUCUUCCUGGAAGGAGCAGUUCAAAGAUGCCCUCACCGUCAUUCCAGCCGACGAAAGUGAGUACGACCGUGACGAUUACGAGGAUGAGGUGCCCACCUGCUUCAACUACAUUAGCCACUUCUUCUGCCUGUUUUGGAAGGUAUUAUUUGCAUUUGUGCCGCCCACAGACAUUUGCGGCGGCUAUGUGACCUUUGUGGUGUCGAUAGUCGUCAUUGGGGUCAUCACCGCCGUCAUUGGGGACGCCGCCUCAUACUUUGGCUGCACCCUCAAUAUCAAGGACUCGGUGACCGCCAUCCUGUUCGUUGCCCUGGGCACCAGCAUACCAGACACAUUUGCCAGCAUGAUAGCGGCCAAGCACGACGAGGGAGCAGAUAACUGCAUCGGAAACGUCACUGGCAGCAAUGCAGUCAACGUAUUCCUGGGCAUCGGCCUGGCCUGGACCAUCGCGGCUGUGUACCACAGCUCCCAUGGCAUGACCUUUAACGUUGAGCCUGGAACAAUUGGCUUUGCUGUGGCGCUAUUCUGCGGCGAGGCUCUGAUUGCCGUUUUCCUCAUCAUGGUUCGGCGCUGUCACAAGGGCAUUGGCGCCGAACUGGGCGGUCCAAAGGUCUCAAAGUACAUCAGCGCAGCGAUCCUUGUAUUCCUUUGGGUCUUCUACGUGGUCAUCUGCAUAUUGGAGGCCUACGACAUCAUCCGCGUCUAAGGAGCUCACACAGUCACAUUGCUCUGGCCGCAUUUGGGGCGAGCACCGUUCGCAUUGUUCGCAUUGGCGUUGGAAAGAGUUUGAGAAUAAAUUUAUAUAUAUCUUAUGUAAAAUUUUAAAAGUAAAAUUGUAUUGUUAAAUAGGUUUAAGUCAGGCUUACAUAUAUAAACAAAACAAAUUUUUACGAUUACUCAAUCUAUUGAUAUAUGAAUUGUAAAUACAGAAAGGCUGCCACGGCUCAGCAAUCUUGUAAUUGUAACGAGAUCAUUUACUGUUAUGCCACAUAUACUUAAUUUACGAUUAAAUUACGGUUAUAUUUAUUAUAUCAUUCUGUGUACAACUUAA